AUGUCCAUCGAGUUGAGAAAAUCGAACAGCAAUGAGAAAACCACCACUCGUGUCAUCACUGGUCGUGCUACACAUCGUCCCGGACAAGAGCCGAUGAUCGCAAUCGCUCUCUCUGAUAUGGAAUACGUGAUGAGGACGGCCAGGUCAGCACGUUGUACUACUAGGGAUCGUGAGCCCGGCUGUACGUGCUGUUGCCAUCUGAAGUCGGCUGUUAGCAUUUCACCACGUACGGCCCAUUUCAGCGCAGCUGGUGGUCUCAGUAUGCACAAUAUCAUGAAUAUGAGUAAAACCAGACUUGCUAUAAAAAUCACUUGCUCAGACAAUUCUUUAUAUCGCGUCACACCGGUUUAUGCGAUUGUUGAGCCAGAUGAGGUGCUCGUUUUGAAUAUAGGCAGAAUAGAAGGAAUGCCGAAAAAGGAUCGCCUUGGAAUUUUGAUGAUCGAUUAUAAUGGUACUGGAAAUGCCAAGGAUGCAUUUAAGCGGACAGAUUUGCGGCCAGUUACGAUCAACAUUCCGUUAUUGGUCAAGGAAAGCUGAUGGAA